GAAAGCGUUGCCAACAUGGCUGACAUAUUCCUUUACAAAAUUAUUUCUCUUUCAAAAUGGUAGGAUAAACCAGAUGUUUUUGUGAAUAUUGAGUCCAAAACGGCGAUGUAAUUUCUAGUACAGGAGGGAGUCAACUGGAAGCAACUUCAUAGAAACUCAUGGAAACGAAAAAUUUCGGUAGAGGAAGGGGCCGUGGAAGAGGUGGAAGAGGAAGGAGUAGACCUCCAUACAUAAACUCAGGAACAGGUGACCAUGGAAGAGCACUUCACGAACCACAACAAGUGGGCAGACAAAAAGGCCCUCGUCUUGGCUAUCGAAAAUUGCGGGAGUUACGAUCUACAGAGCCUUCAGAAAUGGCUGCGAGUCUUCUUCAGUACCGCGAAAGUUUCGAAAUGUUAGUAAAAGCUGAGGAUAUCAAGGAAGAUUGGAUGACACUACUUGUGGAGAUCUUGGGCAAGAUGUGCCACACCCAUAUGACGCACAAUCUGAUUGAGGUGCUGUCGAUUUGUAAGGGAUCCGCCUUUAUGUGUACCCACUUGCCAAAGUACAUCUUAAAUCUCCCAAUGAUACAGGAGGAAAUGGAGACUGAAUCCGAAUUCGGUGUACUUGUGGAAUGCUUGGUGACUUUCUUCAAAGAAUGGCUUGUUAGAUUCCCUCGCUCAUUCUCGUCAGAUGUUCCCAUCGACCACUUUGGUGGAAUCCUAAAGGAAAUUGAUGUGAAAAGAAUCGAGGAGUUUAGGAAAGAGGUAGAAACCCUUUUGGUAAAAAGACGCGAACUCGUUAAGGAAGAAAGGAAAAUGGCACAGGCCCCGAAAAAAGCAAAAAGACAAGAAGUUGAGCCACCCCCUCCAGAUGACUUCAAAGGAAUCUCCAUUUAUCCUAACGAGAAAGAGAUUCGCUCGGAGGAGAAACCAUUUUUACGCCGAAACAAGACUGAGAAAACGGAGAAAUACAAAGAUCUAAAUGAUUACCUGGAUGUCCAGUUUCGUCUCCUUCGCGAAGAUUUUGUUGCCCCGCUACGCGAGGGAAUCAGAGAAAUCACCAAGAAAAUCCCCAAAGAAGAUCGAUCUCAAAAUUUGUACAUCUAUGAAAAUGUGGAGAUUAUGAACACUGUUUGCACGAGAGCCGGCAUCGUUCACUGCAUUCAUUUAGACAUGAGAAGCCUCCGGAAGAUCCCAUGGGAGCAUUCCAAGCGCUUGCUGUUUGGAUCAUUUCUUUGCCUGUCAAAGGAUAACUUUAAAACAAUGCUCUUUGCCACGGUAGCAAAUCGCAAACCCGAAGACCUCAGGUCCGGAAGGCUGGACAUUCGUUUCGUUGACAGUUUUGAAGCCACCCAAAGGACGCGGGAUAACUACGUGAUGGUGGAAUCUCCAGCUUAUUUUGAGGCCUACCGACCCAUUCUGCAGCAACUGAAGCAGAUUGCUCCUGAUUCAUUCCCCUUCCAAGAGUACCUUGUCCACUGUAACGCUGAUGUGAAGCCCCCGCAGUACCUUAGAAGCAGGAAAUCGAGAAGACAAGUACAGUACGACCUGGGAGAGACCCUUGGUGUGCCUGAUAUAGACGGUGCCAACAAAGUGUCCAUUUGCGAUCUUCGGUCCUGGCCCCACGCUGAUGAUGUUAACUUGAACGAGUCGCAGCUUGAGUCAUUGAAAGGUGCCCUUACAAAAGAGUUUUCAGUCAUACAAGGCCCUCCUGGGACAGGUAAAACGUACGUUGGUUUGAAGAUUGUCAGGGCCCUUCUCGACAACAGGCAUGUCUGGGACGCAGAGAAAAAGUCUGCCAUGCUGAUGGUGUGUUAUACAAACCACGCCUUGGAUCAGUUUUUGGAAGGGGUGUUGACAUUCCAGCAAACAGGAAUUAUACGUGUUGGUGGAAGGAGUUCUUCAGAAAGUCUGCAAAGGUACAACUUACAAGAGUACACAACGUCCUCAGAUAUUAAACGUCGCCUCAAAGUAGAAAUGACCAAGUGUCAAGACGCCAUCGAGCGAGCUACUUAUCGGCUAACGAACAGCAAGCAGAAAAUUUUAACUCUCAAAGAUCUGCAGCACUUUGUUGGCCGGAGUCACUUUGAACAGCUUAAAGCGGAAGAGAACACUUUUAACUUGCAAGGAAGAUCUGUAAUUCAAAGCUGGCUUGGUUUGAAGAAUUCCGGCCCGGCGAGCUCUUCGCAGGAGAGUCCACCUGCCGAAUCUGUGACAGGUGAAAAUGAUUUUGCCAUUGAGGAUGCAAAUGAAGACACUGAAGAAAACAUUGAAGUAGACAAAGAUGCUGACAUUGUUCAAAACCAACGUCUGCUGGGUGAAAAUCAGUUCCAGAUCGUAGGAGGACAGAAGAAUGCUAAUCACGGCAAAAUGCAACUUUCCGGACUCUCAAAAGAUCAUUUGAAGGUUCUUCGAGGUGAAUCCAAGCUUCAACCUCUUGCCCCAGCCCAGGUUGCCAAUGUUCAACACGUUGGGAGACUUUCCAUUGAGGACCGUUGGAGGCUCUAUUUGUUUUGGCUUCGAAUUUUCCAGCUCAACUGCCGAGAGGAAAUUUUUAAAAAGAGUCAAGAAUAUGAAGGCAUCUGCAAACGCUUCACAGAGGUAAAGGACCACGAAGAGCUCCAAGCACUGAGAGAAGCUGUGGUAAUUGGCAUGACCACAACUGGUGCUGCAAAGUACCGCGCCAUCUUAGAAGAAAUAAAACCGACAAUCGUUGUUGUUGAGGAAGCAGCUGAAGUCUUGGAAGCUCACAUUAUAACUUCCUUAACAAAAGGAACACAGCAUUUGAUUCUCAUUGGUGAUCACAAGCAACUGAGGCCAAACCCGACCGUGUACGCUCUAGCAAGGGAGUACAACCUUGACGUGUCGUUGUUUGAAAGAAUGGUGAACAGCGGAAUGCAGUGUUACCAGCUAAACACUCAGCAUCGUAUGAGACCUGAGAUUUCGAGACUGAUGCAAUUUAUCUACGAAGACCUUCAAGAUCAUGAGUCUGUGCAUGAAUAUGAAGAUGUCAGAGGUGUGUCCAAGAACAUUUACUUUAUCGAUCACCGAUUUCCUGAAGAUGAAAGUGAAAUAAAUGACAAACUCAAGAGCCAUUCAAACAAGCAUGAAGCAGAAUACAUUGCAGCCCUGUGCGAGUACUUGAUUUUGCAAGGGUACGAGCCCCAAAAGAUAACUGUGUUGACAAUGUACACUGGUCAGCUUUUGACCCUGAAGAAGACGAUGCCCAAAACUAAAUUUGAAGGUGUCAGAGUCACAGCUGUGGACAACUUCCAAGGUGAAGAGAACGACAUUAUUUUGCUCUCCUUGGUUAGAUCCAAUAGCAAGAAGAAGAUUGGCUUUUUGGCUGUUAGAAAUCGAGUCUGUGUUGCUUUGUCUCGAGCUCGUAAAGGUCUCUAUUGUAUUGGCAACUUCGCCUUGUUAGCUGAGAAAAGUGAACUGUGGAGACGUGUCGUCAAAGAGAUGAAAGAACAAGAUGCCAUAGGAAAGUCGUUGGAGUUGGUUUGCAGUAACCACCCAGAGCGAGUAAUCCAUGCAAAGGAUGUAGACGACUUCAAGAAAGCGCCAGAAGGAGGAUGUAUCCUGCCAUGCACGUUUCGCCUUCCUUGUGGUCAUGGUUGUGAAAGAGUGUGUCAUCCUGAUGACAGUGAGCAUUCGUUGUACAAAUGCCAAAAAGACUGUCCAAUGGAACUGUGCUCUGAGCACCAAACCAGAUGCAACAGAAAGUGCCACUUUGGCGAAGAUUGCCCUGGCUGCCCAGUAGAAGUAGAAAAGGAGAUCCCAAAAUGUGGUCACAAGCAGAUUGUACCGUGUGGAACGCCUGUGGAGACAUUCAAGUGCCAGAAGAAGUGUCUGGAAUUCCUGCCAUGUGGUCACCUCUGUCCCGGAAAGUGCUGGGAAGAAUGCACUUCUUUCCAAUGUCCGAGAAAUAUCAAGAGGGAAUUUGAUUGUGGUCAUCAAAUUGAAAAGCCUUGCUGGGAGCUGUCAGAAAGUUAUCACUGUGAAGAGCCUUGUCGUGCAAUUUUGGAAUGUCAACACCAGUGCGUUGGAAACUGCGGUAAAUGCAGGCAGGGAAGAAUGCACGUUCCUUGCGAAGCCGACUGCGAAAGAAUACGAGUUUGCCUACACCUUUGUGAAGAGCCUUGCACGAAAAACUGUCCACCUUGUCCGGAGAAAUGUGAGAACCGAUGCAUUCACAGCAAAUGUCCCAAACAGUGUAUGGAACCUUGUACGCCUUGCAGGGAGAGGUGUUCGUGGAUUUGCCCACACUUCAAGUGCACGAAGCUUUGUGGUGAGAAGUGCAACCGUCCUCGAUGUAACGAGCCGUGCAAGAAGAGACUGUUAAGAGGCUCGAGCCUGUGUAAUUUCAACCACCCAUGUAUCGGUCUUUGCGGGGAACCAUGCCCCAGGUUGUGCGGAAUUUGCCAUAAAGACCAGGUUACCGAGGUUUUCUUUGGAACGGAAGAGGACGAAGACGCGAGGUUUAUCGAACUGUUGGACUGUGGACACGUGUUUGAGGUUACAGCGUUGGAUUACUGGAUGGACAAAGACGGCGAAACUGAUGAUAUCAAGUUGAAGGAAUGUCCGAAGUGCAAGACCCCCAUUCGGAUCAGCUACCGAUAUGCUGACAUUGUCAAAGAAAAGUUGGCAGAUGUCGAAAUGGUCAAAGAAAGACUGAACGAAGAGGAAGAACAAUAUCAAGAAUUGACAGCAAAAUUGAAAAAGAAAACUCGCUCUCUUCUGCGAGAGUAUCCUGAUGUUCAGUCAAGGAAGGCGUCGCCUGAGACCUUUUCCGAAAGUGACGCCGAGGAAGAAGAAGGCGAAGAGCUAACACACACGGCACUAGGCACUUCGAGCUACGAUAUCUUAUGGAGCUGGUUGCAGCAGAGGAAAACCAUGGCCGAGCUCAACACGAUAAAAAACCAGAUUAAGUUACUGACGCAAAUAUACAAGAUAAGAGAAAAAAUCAAGAAAGACCUGCUAAGAAAUACUUGCUAUGGAGUACUUAUACCACCCAGUGAAAAUCAAACUGCCCUUGAUCAGAUGUUCCUUCAAGCAGCAACAGAAGUUGACGAAAAGCUUAAUCAUCUAGAAGAAAGCCUGAUGAAGUUUCAAAUCUCUUCCCAGAGUCUGACUGACAUUAGGGAUGAAGUCGUCUGUGUGGGUCUAUUUCUGAAGAUUCGCGUUGUUCAGUGUCAGAUCAAGAAGCGCUCCAUUGAUGUCCGAUUCGAUGACGAAGAAUGGUUAGGAAGACAGCGGAAGCAGCUGGACGCAGGCAAAAAACUCACCAAGCAAGAUGCUGAUGACAUAGAGGCCACCAUCAACGAAAUCCGAAGAAAGUGUGGAUUGGAAAGUUUGACUCCCGAAGAGCGUGUUAUGAUUGUCAAGGCUAUGAAAUUCGCUAAAGGUCACUGGUACAAGUGUCCAAACGGACAUAUCUACGCCAUAGGCGAAUGUGGUGGAGCAAAUCAACAAAGAUCGUGCCCAGACUGCGGCGCGACAAUUGGUGGGGUGGAUCACCGAUUGGCUGAAGGAAAUCAGGUUGCCACAGAAAUGGACGGGGCAAAGCAUGGUGCGUGGUCUAACCAAACCAAUUUGCAGAACUACGAUCCUCACGAGCUGCGACGGCUGCAGUUUGAAUGAGAACAAGUUAGGAUUAUCCACCAGGACUCCUGUGUUUUUUUUUUUUUAGACCAAGCGCUAUUGCAGACAGUAUUGCAGAAAGAACAGUUUUUAUGGCCAAACCAAUGAAGCAACCAUUAGAAACUCGACUGAAAUAUGACUGUCGCGGUAUGAAU